UGAAACAAAUAAUAUUUAUAGUGUGUACAAUAUCUGUGACAUUUAAUCAAGGGUUGCCGGUUCGUGAAAGUGAAACAGAUAGUUUUCUAAUUGAAUCGGACAUUGACCAAGAGUACGGUCAUCGUUUGCCGGAAAGUACAGCACCGCGAGUGUAUAUAAUUGAAUUUGAUCCGGAUUUUACCGGUGAAUUGUUUACAUUCACCGGCAACAGUACAAUUUUUUUUGAAGUAAUUGAAUCUACUUCAUCUGUAAUUCUCCAUAGAUCGGAUAAAAUUACAAUAGAUAGAAAUUUUACGGAGCUUGUAGAUAUAAAUGGAGCGGCCAUUAAGCCGGAGAAACAAAAAUGGAAUCCGUGGAAUGAAUUUUAUAAAAUAAAAUUUUCUCGAAAGUUAGAACCAGGAAAUUAUAGUUUAAAAAUGAAAUGGUCUGGAAUUGAUGCGACUGGUAGCUUGUAUGAUUUUGGAUUCUUUAGACAAGGAUUUUUUCGAGCUUAUGAUAAAAUAGAAAAUGAUAAACAUAAGUACCUUGUUACGACUCACUUUGAACCUUCAGGAGCUCGUAGCGCAUUUCCAUGCUGGGACGAGCCAGGAUUUAAAGCUCAGUUUGAAAUAUCCGUGAAACAUUUUCCAAAUUAUACGGCGUUGUCUAACAUGCCUGAAAAAAGUCGUCAAUUAUUACCGGAUGGCAGAAUUAUCACUCACUUUGAAAGAUCUUUGAAGAUGUCUUCUUACCUUCCUUGCGUAGCAGUAGCUGAUUACCAGGCUAUAAAAAAUCAACAUGGGAACAUAACAUUCUAUAGCUUAGAAAAUAAUUUAGAUUCCCUGAAAUUCGCGCUAGAAAUAAGUGAAAAAGUUAUUCCGAUAAUGGAAGCUUAUACUGGUGUGCCGUAUGCACUGCCUAAGUUGGAUCAAAUCGCUAUUUCUCAGUAUAAAGGCGGGAUGGAACAUUGGGGUCUUGUCAGUUAUGAGUCAUCAUCCGUUAAGCUAGAAAGUACCUCACUAGAUUCAGAUCUAGACAGCAAGUACAACAUACUUAUUAUUGUCGCUCAUGAACUGGCACACCAAUGGUUUGGUAAUCUCGUAACUCCUGUUUGGUGGGAUGAUACUUGGCUAAAUGAAGCUUUUGCAGCAUAUUUUGAAGCUAAAAUAAUUGAUCAGAUCUAUCCAAAUCAACAUAUAAUGGAUUACUUUGUAGUAAAUGAUGUAAAUUAUGGAUCUUAUGAUGCUGAGAAAUUAUCUUCAUCAAAAAAUGCAAAGCCCAUUAAAUGGAUGCCUCAGAAUAGAAUAGACCUUAGAAAAAUAUUCAGUCCAGUCACAUAUCGCAAAGGGGCUGCUGUUAUUCAUAUGCUAGAACAUAUUCUUAGUGAAGAAGUUUUUUGUGAGGGCUUGCAGCGAUACUUUAAAGCACACCAAUUUGGAACCGUGGUAACAGAUGAUCUUUGGAAAGCCUUUCAAGAAGUAUAUGAUAAAAAGCAUGGAGAUAAAUCAUUGGACAUUAAGAAGACUAUGGAUCCUUGGAUAAUGCAAACAGGAACUCCUAUUGUAACAUUAACUCGCAAUUAUGAUACAGGUGAAACAAAUUUAACUCAAACAGAUUCUGGAGAUACUAAUUCUGGAAACAAAUGGAACAUUCCAAUCAACUACGCAACUGAAUCCGAUCCAGAUUUUUCGUCUGUUUCACCUACGACGUGGCUGAAUGAAGAUGAAGAAAUGAUAACUCUGCAAAACAUUGAUAAAAAUGAUUGGAUUAUUCUCAAUAUUCAGCAAAGAGGUUUUUAUCAAGUUAAUUAUGAUCAAGAAAAUUGGCGGCGUCUUGCAGAAUUUCUUAUCAAAGAGCACGAAAAAAUUCAUCCUAUUAAUCGCGCUCAACUUAUAGUUGACUCUGUGAGAUUAUUGGCUGACGAUUUAUCGUAUGUAAAUAUUUUUUUUAACAUUACGACGUAUUUGUACAAAGAAAAGAAUCUUCUGCCAUGGGCGUCAGUCGCUGAAAUAAUGGCCGCGAUGGCUCAAAUAUUUCGCAAUACAAAUGCAGAACAUCUGUACAAAAUGUACACUCUUUUUCUCACUCGAGGGAUAUCUGAAGAUAAUACUUUUGAAGAAGAAAAUUUUUUUAGCGUUAAAAUAAGAAAUAUUCUUAAUCAUUUACUUUGUGAUUUUGAACAAGCUCAGUGCAGGUCGCGUGCGCAUAGACUUUUUAUUAAUUAUUUAGAAAAUCCUUCGAAAAAUGUUUCGGACUGGAUUAUCUGUUCGGGUCUUCAAGAAUCAAAUGAAACUGUUUGGAAAAAAUUUAUGACAGAUCAGGAUUUGUCUAGAAAAUUUUUACCUAAUUUUAAGUAUAGCUUCAUCAAAUGUAGGAGUCAAAAAGAAGAACGUGAUAAAUAUAUGACUGAAAUAAUCGGAAAUUCAACUUUGAGUUCAAGUUCAGUUACUGAAAUUUUUAAAACUUUUUUGAAUAGCAGCUAUGACAAUGUUAAUUAUAUAAUGCAACAUUUCUUCAAUCAUUUUGAUGAUAUCCAAGAAUUUUACACAAAAAGUGAUAUUCAUUAUCCAAUGAUUAAUAUUACUUCUUUGAUGAUUUCGGCGAUAAAAACUCAAGAUCAGUAUGACAAAAUGGAAGGAUUCAUUAAAGUAAACAAGGAUAAAUUUGAAGAUAUUUUUCCGGAAGCAUCGACACCGCUUAGUAGUUUAUUAAGAGAAGCUCAAAUAACUAUUAAAGUAAUUGAUAAAAUUUCUACUAAAUUCCGAGAACUUGUGAUCCAAAAUUUUAUUAUUGAUGAUUAUGAUAAUAUACUGCAAAAAUUAUACAUCACCUCAAUAACAUCCGUCGCUGAUAAAAAUAAAAUGAAUAAAAUACUAAUUAUUUUAUCUGGAGUAAUAAUGUGUGCGAUGGCGAUAAUUCCUCUGGACAGAGGACCGCCUAUUUCAAAAAGCAAAAUAUCCAAAUUAAUUCAGGAAUCAACAGCGAACAAGCAAAUGAAUUAUCGAUUGCCUCAUAACACAGCACCGCGAGUGUAUGUAAUUGAAUUUGAUCCAGAUUUCAUGGGUGAAUCAUUUACAUUCAAGGGAAAUGGUUCAGUUAUUUUUCAAGUGCUUCGAUCUACGGCCACGGUGAUUCUUCAUAAGUCUAAUAAGAUCACUAUAGACAAAGACUUCACUGAACUUAUAGAUCAAAAUGAGGAAUCUUUUAAACCGGAGACACAAAUCUGGCAUGCUCAUAAUGAGUCUUAUGCAAUAAGCUUCCAAAAAAUAUUAGAACCUGGAAACUAUACGCUUAAAAUGAAAUGGACGGGUCGUGAUGCUGCUGAAGAUUGGUUUAAUCAACGCAUGGGUUUCUUCCGAGCUUUUGAUAAAAUAACUCCCUUUAGUAAAAAGUACCUUGUUACGACUCACUUUGAACCUUCAGGAGCUCGUAGCGCAUUUCCAUGCUGGGACGAGCCAGGAUUUAAAGCUCAGUUUGAAAUAUCCGUGAAACAUUUUUCAAAUUAUACGGCGUUGUCUAACAUGCCUGAAAAAAGUCGUCAAUUAUUACCGGAUGGCAGAAUUAUCACUCACUUUGAAAGAUCUUUGAAGAUGUCUCCUUACCUUCCUUGCGUAGCAGUAGCUGAUUACCAGGCUAUAAAAAAUCAACAUGGGAACAUAACAUUCUAUAGCUUAGAAAAUAAUUUAGAUUCACUGAAAUUAGCGCUAGAAAUCAGUGAAAAAGUCAUUCCAGCAAUGGAAGCUUAUACUGAUAUGCCGUAUGCCAUGCCAAAGUUAGAUCAAAUUACUAUUCCUAAGUAUAGCGGAGCGAUGGAGCAUUGGGGUCUUGUCACUUAUAACACAAUCAUGGUAAAAUUUGAAAACUCAACAUUGAUUCCCAAUAUUGAACAAAAAGACAGAAUACUCUUUCUUGUCGCUCAUGAGCUAGCGCAUCAGUGGUUUGGUAAUCUCGUAAGUCCUGUUUGGUGGGAUGACACUUGGCUAAAUGAAGGAUUUGCUGCAUACUUUCAAAGCAAAAUAAUUGAUCAGAUUUAUCCACACUGGCACAUAAUGGACCAUUUCGUAAUUGAAAAUGUCAACCAUGAUUCUUACGACAGUGAGAGUUAUCUUCCUCAAGCGAAACCUAUAAAAUGGACUCCCCCGGGAAAAAUAGCCCUGCGCAUGGUAUUCAAUCCAGUUACCUAUCGCAAAGGGGCUGCUGUUAUUCAUAUGCUUGAACAUAUUCUUACUGAAGAAGUUUUUCGUGAGGGCUUGCAGCGGUACUUUAAAGCGCACCAAUUUGAUUCUGUCGUGACAAAUGAUCUUUGGAGAGCCUUUCAAGAAGUAUAUGAUGAGCGAUUUGGUGAUAAGCCAUUAGACAUUAAAGAAACUAUGGAUCCCUGGAUAGAACAAACGGGUACGCCGGUUGUUAAUGUCUCUCGAAACUAUGAAACUGGUGAAAUAACUUUAAUUCAAAAAAAUUCACGAAAUGAAAAUCCUAAAAAUAAAUGGAGGAUACCAAUAAACUUUGCGACUAAGUCAAAUCCAGAUUUUUCGCGUACUACUCCAACUAUGUGGAUGGAAGUUGACCAACAAGUUACUACGAUACCUGAUGUUAAGACGGAUGAUUGGAUUAUUGUAAAUAUUCAACAAAGAGGGUUCUAUCAAGUAAAUUACGAUAAAGAAAAUUGGAAGCUUAUUGCUGACUAUCUAAAUUCCAAAGAUUACACCAAGAUCCAUGCAGUCAAUCGAGCGCAGCUUUUCGAUGAUAUUUUCAGACUGUACUCGACUGAUAAGUCUUACCUGGAGAUCCUGGUUAACAUAACUUCAUACUUGCACCAAGAAACUGAUUAUCUCCCAUGGAUUCCCGCAGUUGCCGUUAUCAUGGAAAUGCAGGAAAACAUGCGCAAUACACUUGAAGAAGAGUCCUUCGAAACUUACAUGCUAUACCUCACUAAUGCGGUGAUGGAUAAGCUUGGAUUUGAAAAUCGUGAAGAUGAUGAUCAUUCAGCAAUUAGAAUCAGGAGUAUUCUGGCUCCAAUAGUUUGCAGUUUUGGACAUGCUGAGUGCAAGUCAUUUGCCAACAGAUUGUUGAAGAAAUAUUUGGAAGAUCCAUCAAUAAAUACAAUACCUUCUAGUGAUUGGGAGUGGAUUACAUGCAAUGGUCUUAGAACAGCAAAUGAAUCACUGAGAGAACAAUUUAUGGCUUCUGAUUACGAUAAUUUUAAUAAAUUAUCCAAAUUUAGAAUUUUAAUAGAAUGCACUAACGAUUUUCAAUUGAAAGAAGAAUACUUUUCUUCAUUAACAAGUGCUAAUUCUACAGCGGAUGCAGAAGAUAUUGAUAAAAUAUUUGAUAUUUUACUGGGAAAAAAACUUGAUGAUGUUAACUUUGUUUUGAAUUACUUUAUAGAUCAUUUUAAGGAUUUAAAAAAAUUGUAUGAUGAAAUUGAAGAUGAUGAGUAUUUAAUUCCCAUUUCUAGAAUAGCUCUGGCGAUACGAACUGAAGAUCAAUAUGAAAAGUUUAAAAAUUUUGUUGAAAGCAUUAUUGUACCUGAUCUAAAAGGAAAAUCCGACAGUGAAGGUUCGACGUUAUUGUUACAAACUUCGUUGGAGGAAAGUUUGAAUUCUAUCAAUCAGUCUAAGUUACACUCAGCUAAAUUUCAUGAACUUAUGGACAAGAAAUUUUUUGAACCUAAUGUAAUUGAAAUUGGUACAGGAUUGAAAAAUUAAAUACUU